UGCUAGCUGAUAAGUAUGCAAUACUAAGUGUCUAUCGUGAUCGAACCAUGAAGAUCGUUGGCUACUUCAUCAUCCUAUUAGUUGCUAUGUGCUUCACUUUCUCUGCAGCUGAUCAAAUCGUGUCAAACAAAUGCUGCGGCCCGAACGAGCGGUUCAAGCUGUGUGCCAGUCUGUGCGAACCGCAGUGCCAACCGAUCAUCCCCAUUGUGAAGCUGUUCCGCUGCUCCGCCGGCUGUCGGAUGGGUUGCACCUGCAAGAAUGGAUUGGUUCGGCAUCCGGAUGGCAGGUGCGUUCAUUACACGAAAUGUCCUACUGCCGAGGGCACCACCCUAGUGCCAAGGUUUGUUACAGAGAAUUUCCAUGGAUUUUGAUUCCGAUUUGGCUUUGUGUUAUGUAAACGUUAAGGUAAUAAAAUAAAUAAGCUUAAG